AUGGAAAGUAUUGGCGAAAUCGAAUUGCCUGCUUUGAGAAACCAAACAAGGGAUGCACCGCCAUAUGUCCCAGAUCCCACUCCGGCGACAAAAAGCGUCGCAUGUAGCCUGUCGCCUGGUAUCGUUACGAUGGGAGCUCUAAGGCCAAUUCAACCUGAUAUUUUAAUACAUCAUUAUCAUGUCAGUAAGUAUACAAUCCCAAAGAUUUCGUGCUUUCCAUCUAACGCCCCCAGAGUCAUCGAGAACUCGGAUCUAGAACCAAGACCGGCCAGGUGGAAUUUGGAACUACUACAAACACUUCAAGAGAAGAUCGUACCUACCGUUUUUACUCCUCGUGCGGUAUACGAUGGACGUCACAACCUAUUUGCAAGUCGUCGCUUACCGCUUCGAGGACACGAGGGGAAUUCACAAACGUUCAAUGUCACUUUGAGGCCUCCAUACGAGAUUCCACCGCCCAAAGUUUAUAAAGUCACCAUUCGCCUAGUUGCGGUAAUUGAUACAGGAAUUUUAAAGAAAUACUGCAAUGGCCAGGUGUCUCUUCAAAACGAUGUUCUGACUGCUUUUGCACCUUUAAACAUUAUUCUUCGGAUGAAACCACGGAGCCUGAAUCCUUUCAACGCAAAACGUGUGUUGACUGAGCGGGAGAUGCGACCUUUAGGUGGUGGAAUCGAACUUUGGAGGGGCUAUUUCCAAUCCAUUCGCCCGGGUGUGCGUUCUUUGUUUGUCAAUGUAGACGCCUCUUCCGGUGCAAUGUAUGCUCCAGGACCAAUGAUUGAAUUAUUCAGUCGAGUACUGGGGAGCCAUGAACUCUUACCACUCAUACCUGAGGAGGGACUGAGCGAAUCGGAUCGCAGAAAGCUCCAAGUUUUCUUCAGAGGUGUCCGCUUCGUCACUGUUAACCCAAACAAUCAAGAACGGGGAAGAAGAAGUCCAAAGGUGCUACGAAAUAUCUCAGCUCAAGGGGCUGAUUCUAUUCAGUUCACGGACAGAGAAGGACAUAGGACAACCGUUUCUGAAUAUUUUGCAUCAUUGGGGAUUACACUUCGCUAUCCUCGGUUUAUUUGCCUCGAGACAGUAAAUGGGGCUAUAUAUCCCAUUGAACUAUGUUUUGUCACUCCCGGACAGAUUUUCCGCAGAUGUUUACCCGCAGACCAAGCACCUGCAGGAAUUCCUUUCUCUCAAAAGACACCGCGAGCGCGGCUCGAUUCGAUUGCUGCCGGACAUAACAUACUAAGCUAUGACACUUCGGAGUAUAUGCAGUCUUUCCAAAUGGCUAUUGAGCCCAAUCCCCAAACAUGUUUGGCUCGGAAGCUUAAAGCACCUCUGUUGGAUUACGGGAUGAAUCAAACGCAUCGCCCCGAAAAUGGAAAAUGGAACUUCAAGGGUUGCAAGGUUUACGAGCCUGCCAAAGUUUUAGGCUGGGCAAUGCUGGUGUAUGACUCGUAUAAUUGGACUAUGAGCAUAGCCCGGAAUGCCGCUCAUUGCCUGGUUUCUCGAGCAGCUCAAAUGGGUUGGCAAGCAUACUCUUUAGCCUCCGAACAUGUUCAUUUUGGGAUGUUAAACUAUGAUAUAUCAGUACGACAUUUGGAUGUUGCACAGCACCUUCGGACCGCAGGUCAUAGCGUUAUAAAGCAAUACCAGAUCCAGGCUCCUACAUUGUUCGUGGUUGUUCUCCCUCGGUUUUCCAGUGAUCUAUACCAGGCAGUUAAGCACUUUGGAGAUAUAACUAUGGGGGUCGGAACGCAGUGUCUAAAAGGAGAGCGCGCUCGUUCUCCAUGCCCACAAUACUUGGCCAACGUCUGUCUGAAGAUAAAUGCAAAACUUGGAGGCGUAAAUUCCAAACUAAACGCGUCAGAUAAUCUUGCUUGGACACUUGAUUCGGCAAACCCGCUCAUGAUAAUAGCUAGCCACAUUGUGCAUCCUCCCCCGGGCGCCCACGGUUUGCCGUCUUUCUCAGGUGUGGUUGGAAGUUUCGACUCGGGUCUAGUUCGAUACUCAGCCGUGAGCUCGGUUUUAAACUCCCGUGUAGGGAUGAUACAUGGGCUAGAGGAUACAGUCUAUGAAUUGAUAGGUCGACACUUCUGGUGGAAGAAUAAUCAAGAGGGACGAGCUCAGCCUUUUCCGGAAAGAAUAACAUACUAUCGUGCAGGUAUCGCAGAUAAUGAGGUUGCCCAAUUGUUAAGCAUCGAACUUCCUGCCAUACAAGGUGUGUAUCCAAAGGGUAAUUCUCCAAUGAUAUCCACCAAAGACGCUUCAGCUGCAUGCAAACGUCAUAACAUUCAAACGAAAGUUACAGUUGUUCUGGUUGGUAAGCAACAUCAUACGCGUUUCUUUCCUACGCACGGAAUGGUAGAUAGCACCGGAAACUGCCCGGCAGGAACUGUUGUGGACAGCACUACUGGUUCAUAG